AAUGAAGACUAUGAAACGUUUGUGCACGCAAAGUGCAGCUUUCCAGAGUUCUCUGCUUGAACUCGGAAGCUCUUGUAUCCGAUGGUGGUACUAUUCAGAGUUAUUUAAGCAUGCAAGCGUAUAGUACUUGAGAAUCCGAGUUCUUUUCCAUACUCCAUCUUCUGUUCAAAUCAACGCGAUGGAUGGCUCCGAAAGGGCGCGUGCUAUGUUCUUUUCGCAUGGGUCUGGCCCCUAUGUGCUCAUGGGAAAUGACCACCAACGACCGUUGGUCAACGUUUUGCAAUCCCAUGCCCACAUCCUCGACAAUGCCCGCGGCAUCAUCAUUUUUACUGCCCAUUGGGAGACGACGCACCCUCAUAUAUCUGCAGCGCCCAAUCCACAGCUCUACUACGACUAUGCUGGCACACCUGGUCUUCCACAGGAGGCAUUCGAAUACCGAUACGAUGCGCCAGGAGACCCUGAUUUAGCAGCUCGGAUCGCUAGUACUUUACAAGCUGCAGGAUUCCAGCCGAUAUUGGAUACUGAAAGAGGAUGGGACCACGGGGUGUUUGUGCCCUUGAUUGUCAUGCGGCCACAAGCAGAUUUGCCUGUCAUCCAGAUGAGCAUACUCAAGGGAGAAUCAGAUGAGUCUGAGGCAGAGAAAAAUCUCAGAUACGGUGCUGCCAUGGAAAGAUUCAGAGACGAAGGUUAUGUGUUCUUGUUCAGCGGCUCCUCAUAUCACCAUCUGGCAAAAGUCUUGGAGGCACUCCCAGAAAGAAUGGGGAAUGGAAAGGUGGACGUGUCAACGCAAGAAUUCGAAGCUGAGCUUGAGCGUGUUGCUGCAAUUUCGAAUGCAGACAAGAGGUCCGCUAUACUAAGAACAUGGCGGCAAUUUCCUCAAAGCUAUGAGGCACACCCCGCUGGCAAAGCAGAGCAUUUCAUGCCCUUCUUAAUCGGUUCUGGAGCGGCUGGGAACGACAAAGGUGAGAGGACGCAAUCCUGGGAGCUGUUCGGGGCCACCAUGAGCACCUUUGUGUGGUGAAUUGCGAAUCCAAGUCCAGCCAAAUUGUUAGGAAUAGAUUAAGUUCCGUUGUGCGAGUCAAGGAGCUUUUAGCCUCUUAGUUGAUGUAGUCA